AUGAAUUCUAAUAAUAAUUCCUCAUCAUUUAUUGAACAUUCAUUUCGUCGACUUUCUCUUCUAAUUCAUCAACAAGAUGUUCUUAAUAGUACUGCAUCGAUUUCUACAAAUAAGGCAACUGAACAAUCAAUCAAUACAUCAUUAUUAGUAAAUAAUAAGAAAAAUAAUCUUAAUAAUAAUGAUAUAUUAUCAUUAUCAUCAAAAGUCCAACCUCAACAACAAUCGAUUGGUGACAAAUCAAAUAACUCAAUCGAAACAAUGGUAAAAGUUAAACCAAUACCAAGAACAAAUCGUAUUUUUAUGCGUCCACCUAAAAGUCGAACAAUUAUUUCAUAUCGUUCAUCACCAUCACAAUGUUUUGAUCGAUCAGAAAAUUCUUUUAAUUAUUCAUUGAAUUCUUCAUGUUCACCUUCUUUGACACAAGAAAAAUCGAAUAUAUUACCAAUUCAUAUGCCUUGUGAACGAAGUUUAUAUGAUAUUAAAUUUGAAAGAGAUCAACAAAAUGAUAUACGUGAAAAAUACAAUAUUCCUCAACCAUUUCAACGAAAAUGGUUACGACAACCUCGUUAUAUACCUCAAGAACGACCUAAUUUUGGUCAAAUUCAACAGUCACAAAAUUAG